UAACUUGGUGCAAGGGACGGUCUUCCCGGUGUCACGGUCUCAGAUGGGACACGGCAAAGUACGGAGUCCUUCGCAGGAGAGAGCUCUUUUGAGUAGAGUUUGCUCUGAACAGAACCGGUAGUUCCGACUCAACGUUUCGAUCAGUAUGCUUUAAUCGCCUUCAUCAAGUUUUGGAUCCUAUUUGGCGCUAUUUUUUAUUAAGACACAUCUUCGUCUUCAGUAUGAGCAGAUGGUGGGUUUACUUCGUCUGCUGUGUUUUGACCACGUUGGCUACGACUGUGGUGUUCGUAAAUCAACGGAUUGGUGCAAUCGUGGUGCCACUUUUCGCAGAGUCACGUGUAAAUGGAGCUGAACUUGAGGACACGUGCAGAAACCGGUCUUGUAGGUGGGAAAAAGAGCAAGAAUCGCGUAAAAUCCAACUGCGGGACGCCUGUUCUGCCUUUCGGAUGGAGACCGGCACCUACUAUCCACCGUUAGUUUACCAGUACGAUGCCCUCAACCAACCCAAAACACUCAACAAUCUCUAUGUGAUUCCCUCUCAUCGAUUGAUCUACUGCUCCAUCCCGAAGGUGAGCUCCACUAGCUGGAAGCGUCUCUUCCUAAAAAUGAGUAACAUUUCAGACUCCAUGGAGGCAAUCGGGCAGGCUCAAUCUCACGCCAUAGCCAAGCAAAACUUCCGCACCCUUGCCUCGUACCCCGCCCACGAGGCACGGAAGCUCCUCGCAGCAUACACCACGUUUUUCUUCGUGAGGGACCCGUUCGCCAGGCUGCUGUCGGCGUACCAGGACAAGUUUCAGAACGACUACCCGGCCAGUAAGGUAUUCAGACGUACGUGGAGUGAAAAGAUCAUUCGAUUCACAGCCCCAUCGCCGGCUGUGCUCGGCAAACGUCUGAGGACGCAGCGCAGAAAUGACGGCACUCUGAACGUGACCUUCUCGCAGUUUGCAAGAUUCGUCUCGCUGGGGGGCGAUGAUGCAAAGGCGCAGAAGAAACGCGGCAACGUCCACUGGAUCCCCAUGUACGCAAUGUGUCAACCAUGUCUCAUAGACUAUGACUAUAUCGGUCACUACGACUCUGUGCGGACAGACGCUGAUUUUAUACUAACAUCCGCCGGGGUAGACCGGGCCUUAAGAUUUCCAAACUUCACCACCAAUCCAACGGGAAGUUCGAACCCCAGCACUCUGUUCCGUUACUACUCAACCCUAACGAAGUAUGAAAUCGAAGAUGUGUACAAACACUUCUCUCUUGAUUUCGAUUUGUUCAGCUUCGAAAUACCGACCGUCAUCAGUCAUCUAUUUGACAGGAAAAAUGUAUAGAUGCAGUGCACAUAAGAGGGCGGUUUGAAUGUAAACAUGGGUCACAUCGUCUAUGCGCUGCGCACAACUCUCAUCCGAUGAUAGUCUUUCACUUCUGCACGUUUCAUCAAAGAUGGUGGCCAAUGGCGCCAUGAUCAUUAUCUAUUGCACACUGAAAACAUCAUAAUUUCCUUCAUAAAACAAAUUAAAUAAAUAUUUUGUAAAAACAAAAAAAUGGGUAUAGGCCUACUGUCGUCGUGGUCACACAAAAAUAAAGCAGACGACACACGUUAGUUCUCGUGCAUUAUGUUUUUUUUUCUUGCAAUGAUCCACAUGGGGCCGCAUGAAGCCGAAUAGCUGGAGUGUUCGAAUUAAUACGUCGCCAUUUUGUUUAUUGUGAAGCCAAAGCCUUGCGGAGCCGAAAUGGGCUGUAACCAUGCAUAUGGCAACGGGCUAUAUUUUGAAUUGAACAGGCAAUUUUGUUUGCCUGCACCCCAAGGCACUUCCACCUACAAAAUAUAAACAAAAUUCAUCUUUUGACCGUGAACACACAAUGUCGAAUAUUUACCCGAACUGACUCUUGAACACGAAGUAGCUGAGCACAACAAAACUUAAUGCUUACCAGAAAAAAUAAGGUCAUCAACGAAACUACCACGUGACAAGUACAGUUUGUGACUGGUAUCCUGCCCAUUUCUGCUAACAGCAGACAAUUGUUAAGUAAUAUUUUCUGCGCAAGCAGCUCUAUGAAAUUGGGCACAGCUUUGAUCAUGACGACACAGCCCUUUAAAAUUGUUAUCAAAUCGGAACAAACGUCUUGAGGGAACAUAGUUACAAUAUAUAACAUGUUUUUGUUAUAUUUCAUAAUAACAAGGAAGACAAUGCUUAUUUGUAUUAGCCUUGAAUAGGGAAAUUAAAUAUUAUUGACUCAUCUGCACAACGUUUAAAAAAAACUUUAAAAAAUCAGGACACUCGUCACCGUUAAUAACACAGAAAGAAUAAUGGGCCUAUAUUAUAACACGUACAUUAUACUUCCUUGUUUGCAUUAGAUGUAUCGAUUUAAAUUGACCUGUUUACGCCCUAGAGCCUAUCAGUAGGUGCGUUCGAUUAGCUUCCCCGGGUCGACCCCGACCUGUGAUUUUUCACAGAGCUCGGGAAAGUUUACUGAUUACAUGUAAAGCGCUUAGAGUUAACUUAAUAUUACGUGCUAUAUAAAUCGCGUUUACUAUUAUUAUUAUUAUAACACACAUCGGUUUAAAACCAAAAUUAUUACCGUAGUACAAAUAUAAUAGAUGUUAAAUUUGCAUCGGGAUAAAGAAUAUUAAUUUUUGGUUUUACCCAUAUACAAAUACUUAAUAAUACGAAGAAAUCGCAUACCAACAGCAAAUUAAUAUUUACCGAUCGUUUUUGUUUAUUAUUAACAGAGAAAUCCACAACAAAACCGUAGUUUUAUGUUCUAUGAAUUUAAGUGCAAUGCUUCAUCAUUAUAUAAUAUAGGCAUAUAAUGUCAAAUUAUUGGGGGAAAAGCGAGUAAAUUGUUGCGCCUCAAAAAAUCAUUGCCAUUUGCUUUCGCGUGGUGUAUAAACCGGAUUUCAGUGAAAAGUACUUGAAUAUAAGUGAAAAGUACUUGAUUAUAAAUGUUUUAUACCAUUAUAAAAAUAGUUGAAAGAACCAGUUGAAAAUAAAUAUUUUACGAAACAAAUUUUAGAAAAAUUGUUAAAAAAACAAAAACAAAAAAAA